UGUGAUAGUAUUUAAGGGUUGAAUCCACAAUACCAAAGUUACUCAACAAGUCUAUGAGAACAGAGUUAAGAUAGAACAAAAGUUUUUUUCAGUUUUCAAUUGCAAGAAUUAAAAAAUAGAGAUGAAGUAAGUUUAUGGAUUAAAGGUGUCAAACACUGGGAGUCACAGUUUUCUCAAUGAAAAAUAAGUACUUUGGCAAUAAAUAUUUGAGAAACUACUUAGAAUGACUCUAAACAAUCAUUAAAUAACUAGAGUAACUCCUAUACAUUUGAAACUACUAGAAUAACUUUCAGAACAUUAAAAUUUACGAUUUUGCCAUUAUUAAUAAUUAUACCAAAAUUGAAAAAAAAAGAAUAAAGAAUUUACCUUUUGUCGGGGUUCGACAACGACAGAAACUCAAAACCUCUCCUCGUCGUCUCCGUCAUCUCCAUCUCUGACCCUCUCUUUUCCGUCCCGAGAAACCCAAAUCGUUUUUGUCUCAGUCACAUCCGCCUUCGUCUCCGUCUCCUUGUUUCUGGACAAACCCAAAUCGAUUUCGGCUCAGUCACAUCCGGCUUCAGUUGCAGCUUACUCUAAUCCGUGAGUCUUUAAUCUAUGCUAUUCCCAAUUUCUUCUAAACUUCAAAUUUCAAAUCAAUUUAAUUAAAAAAAUUGAGAUUUGUGAAAGAUUCUAUUUGAUUGUUUGAAAUUGUUUCCUUUUCGGGUCUGAUGUUUUCAUCGGAUAGUAAUAUUGCUUCUUCUUUUUUGUAGGUAUGGCUUCUUCUUCGGGUGCAAGAAAGUAUCCGAAAAGGCUGUAUGAUGUUGAUAAAACUCCAAUUCAGAGUAGGAGCAUGAACCAUAGUUGUUUUCUGGCCAACAUUUAAACGGUGCUAUAAGCUGCCGGGGAUGAUGUUGUAUCUGAGUUGAGGGAAUCAGCUGUUGGAGUGAUUCUGAAGCUAAAAGAGUUGGAAUACAUUUGGUCUGCUUCUUGCGUUCACCAUUUUCUCGCCAAUCAAUUGGCUAUCGACAACAUUCAUGAGAUGUGGUCCUUGAUAGACUGUAUGCCGCUGCGGUUUUCUUUGUACGAGUUUGGAGAGAUUACGGGGCUAAAUUGUGAUCCUUUGGACAAGAAUGAGAUUUGGGAUGUGGAGCAUGAAAGUUUUUGGCUGGAGAUGAACGUGCCCACAUUAGAAGGACCUACAUUGAAAGAGCUACAAGCCUUUUUUCCUAUUUGCAGAAACUGGUCUCGAGAGAAGCGAGUGAUGAUAGGUUUGUUGUGUCUGCUAUGCGUUGGGAUAUUUGGAAUUUCAAGCAACAGCAGAAUCCCUUUACAUUGUGCUAAAAGAGUGAUGGAUCCAGCAGCUUUCCAACGAUAUCCAUGGGGCCGUGUAGGAUUUACCAGCCUUCUUGAGUCUAUUAAAGUACUCACCUAUGAUAAAAAGAAGAGUUACACAUUUCAUGGCUGUGUUCAUGCGCUCUUAAUAUGGGUUUUUGAGUUUGUCCCUGGUCUAGGAGAGAAAUUUGGGAAUCGGAGAGAAGGUGCUGGUGUCCCUCUUCUGUCAUGGCGGGGAUCUCGUCCGCGUAUCAACUUCUCAGAUUUCUGUGCCCAAGAAAAGAGAACAUAUCAGAAGGUUCGUGUGAGACACAUGGUUGAGAAGCCAAUAGAGGAUAGAUAUCCGAAGUGGGAAGAUAAUAAAGUACAUACUGAGCUGGAUAACAUGAUUCAGGACAUCCUAAGUAUUGGGAGGUAAUGCCUGCUACGAAAUCGACAAAGAGAAAAAGUCACGUGAACCCACCUUGUGUUCUAGAUACCAUGGAUGUGGGUCCUUCUACUAAGCGAAGGAUGAUUUACUGGUUGCUUUGACCAAUUAUAAUGUUGUAGGACGUGUAUCGUGGAUGUUUUAUUUUAGUACUUGGAGUAGUAGAUUUAACGUGGAUGGUUUUAUUUAAAUACUCUUUAUUAGUAUGAUUUGGUGGUUGCUUUGAUCACUCCUAUUUUUGUACUUGGAGUAGUAGAUUUAACGUUUCAAACUGAAUGUUUUCUUACGAUCACAAGACGUAUUGCAACACCAAACAGUAUACCAAAGACCAAAGUAAAUGAAAAGUAAUGUAUCACCAAAGACCAAAGUGUAAAUGUAUUGCAACACCAAAGAGUAUACCACUAAAUGUAGCACCAGCGUAAAUGAAAUCUAAUGACCAAAGCCUGAAACUAGAUCGAAUACUUAUCACUUAAGAGGACAUGUUUUAGAAUUAUGUCCCAUCUGGUUACAAAUUCUACAUGUGUGUUCCUUCCUUGGCCGUUUCUUAUCUGCAACUUUCUCCAAAAUAGAUUUAUGUCUUGAUUUUUUUGGUCUUCCUGGUGGUUGACGGACAUCAGGUGGUAAACAUAUUUGCUUUGCAACUUCUUCUGUAAUUGGAACAGCAUCAUCUUUGGGCAUAAGAACAUUGAAAUAUGCAUUGUAUAGGUACUGCUUCCGAUAGUAAUGGUGGCAAAGUGAUAUACGUGAUAUCUUUCUAGCUUCCGCAGCAGCUAUAGCAUGAGCACAUUGUAGCUUCUCCAAAUCAAAUCGGCGGCAAGAACAUUUCUUCUCGGUCAGAUUUACAACAUGUAAAGACGAGACUCCUGUCACCUGUGACUGAUGAAUGUCUAUUGCUUAAACCUUUAGUAGAUUAGCAAUAGGUAUCCGGCCCUGCAACAUGUUAAAGCUUAGUAUAUUAGCAGAUAGUCUAACGAAACACAUAGCCUGAUUUAAAAAAUAUUACCUCCAACACUUUCUCCAACACUUUCUCUACACCACGAAAAAUAUUAUAUUAGCUGUAAAUUCGAAUUUUGUUCCACUCUAGUAAUUAAAAAAAAAAUUCAAAAGUCUGCCGUCAAAGACGACAAUUUCUAAAAUCGGCCACCAAAUAGAUGCAAAAGUCGAUUGCAAAUUUAAAUUGGGUAAACAAAUCUGUCAUAAAAACUUAAGUCUAAUACCGAUAAACAUAUCUGUCUGAAAACUCUAUCUACUCCAGAAAAAAACUGACGAUUACAAAAAAAACGGUUACUACAUUCGACAGACUAAAAUAGAUAAAUCUAUCGACAACCUUAAAUCGGACAUACAAAUCUGCCAUCUUAAAACCAUCUGUCGUAACACAAAAGUCUGCCACCAAAUACUUAGCAAAUAUAAAUUCAAUAGCAGUUUAAAUUAAUAGAUUUAUAUUCCGAUAGAUCUUUUUUUUCGUUAGAUAAAUCUGCCGCCGGAGUUUUCUAAAUAAAUUAAAAUGACAUUUUUGUAAUAUUCUUUUUUCAUCAUAACUAUGGAGAAGGCCAUUUUCGGCCAUAAAAUAUUUUUGGUAAUUUUAAAUUUUUAUGAAUCAUUCUAGUCAUUUCUUAAUUAAUUUGAAUCAUUCUAGUAAAUUUUCCUAAAUAUUUUUCACGUAGUAUGUUUGGAAUUAGAAUAUGCCUCUGAAUGCGAAGAUUGGAUUCAGUACACUCUAUCUCUCACUUUAGUUUGUCAAGUUUUUGACAAGUUCUAACCAGCAGCUAUUUCUCAUUUAUUAAAGGUAAUUGCUCUGCUUACCUAAAAUAAGAACAUGGAUUACUAAUGGUAGUUACCAAAAAAAAGUACUUUGCAAUGAUUUUUUCACUGUUAUUCACUUAGUGUGUUUAGGGAUUAGAAUCUAUCUAUGAAUGUAAACAUUGGAUUUAGUGUACUCUAUAUGUCAAUUCAAUUUGUCGAGAUUUUGGCAAGUUCCAAACAACAAUUAUUUACCAUUUAUUAAAGGUAAUUUCUUUGAUAUCUCUAAGUUUAGAGUUCCGAACAAUUUUAUAAUUUAAUGAUGUGACUUAAACAUGAAUCUAUAAACAAGAAUUGAUAGAUGAUUUAAUAAAUAUUCUGGAAUGUGUAAUCUUGUUUUGGUGAACAUAGAUCUAGUUUGUAUAUGGAUGAUAUGGAUCAAUACAUGGAAUGAUGUAAUUAUGAUAUAUAUGAGUUUGAAAUUUGAACAUAGAUGUUAUUGAUUUAUACUUGGAAUGAUGUGAUUUGAAAAAGAAUAUUUAAACAAACAUUGAUAGAUGAUUUAAUAUAUAACUAGGUUAAGAUCCGCGCCUUG